CACAUAGUUAGGCAUCUUUCAUGGCGAAUUCCUUAAAGGUAGCUGUCAUUGGUGCCGGUGUAGCCGGACUAACCGCGGCCCGUGAGCUUCAAAGAGAGUCUCACCAAGUCGUGGUGUUUGAAAAAUCACAUCGACUUGGUGGAACAUGGGUCUAUGACCCACGAGUUGAGUCGGAUCCAUUAGGACUCGACCCGAACAGAGAUAUUGUUCAUGGAUCUCUCUAUAAAUCCUUGACAACAAAUCUUCCACGUCAGCUCAUGAGUUUCACUGACUUUAAUUUCGUUGAGAAAGCAUAUGGUGAUCCACGGUUAUUUCCUGGGCAUGAAGAGGUUUUAAAGUUUUUGAAAGAUUUUGCUACCCAUUUUGAACUCAAUGAGUUGAUUCGUCUCAAUACUGUGGUGACCCGAGUAGAGAUAGUUGACUCGAAUGUAACCGAGUUCGAGGUUGAGUCGAAGACAAAUGGGGUGAGUUUGGUAGAGGUGUUUGACGCGGUGGUUGUUUGUAAUGGUCAUAAUACCCAACCACACCUCCCAACUGAUAUUCCAGGUAUUGAGACAUGGUGCAAGAAGCAAAUUCAUAGUCACAAUUAUCGUGAACCUGAACAAUUUCGAGAUAAGGUAGUAGUCGUAAUUGGAAGCGGACCAAGUGGAUGGGACUUGUCAGGAGAAAUAGCCACGGUUGCCAAACAAGUUCAUAUUUCUUCAAGACCUCCACAUCUUCAAUUAGCAAAUUUGGAGAUAUACAACAAUCUAUGCCAGCAUGCUAAGAUAGAUUCAAUCAAUAAAGAUGGUACAGUUACAUUCGAAGAUGGAUUCUCUAUUGAAGUGGAUAUUUUAUUUCAUUGCACUGGGUACAAUUAUCAUGUUCCAUUCCUUGAAACGAAUGGCAUUGUCGGUAUCCAAGGAAAACGUAUUGGACCUCUGUACAAACAUGUUUUUCCCCCAAAACUUGGUCCGAGGCUCUCUUUUGUUGGCAUACCCGAAAGGAGUGUCAUAUUUCCACUCAUGGAAGGCCAAUCAAAAUGGAUAGCAAAGGUGUUGUCAGGGAAAGUAUUCUUGCCAUCAGAAGAUGAUAUGAUGAGCGAAGUAGAGCAGCAUUAUCGAGAAAUGGAAGAGAAAGGAAUUUCAGAACGCCGCACUCAUUCUCUUGAUUUUAAGAUUGAUUACACAGAAUGGUUGUAUGCCCAGACCGGAAUGGUCUUGGAUAAGAAGAUACAAGAGAUGUUCGAGUACCUGUUCCAUUGUAUAAUGACCUACUUACAUGGGUAUAAGGAUGCAUUCUCAAAGAAAUACGGGAUAUGAUUAUGAGAAUCUCCUAAUUCAGUCCUCAUUAACCAUUAAAUGGUUGGAAAAACUAGAAAAACUGUAAUAAAAAGUUAUUAACGCAUCGACCAUGACAUGAACUUCAUUUUGAAAGCAAUGUUUUUAUGUACUGUAUGUCUUUUCAUCCUGAA